UGCGUACGAAAUAGUGACAAUACUCUUUCAUAUACAUUUUUCCUAGACAGAAAGAUAUAUUGAGACAGCCACGAGUAAGUUUUUGCUCAAUUUUGUUAAGAAGAAAAAGUGUUAUAUAUUUAAAAAAAAGUAAACAUGCCUCGAGAUUAUGAUCGUGAUUAUGGUAGCGAAGACACUUCCGAUUACAAGCGUAAGCGCCGCAAUGACGAAGAAUCGAAUAAUAAUGAUCAAGGUGGAGGGGGUGAUGAUGUCCAGCAAUCGGCCGUUGCUCACGAUGGUCCUCAAUUAAAUGAAAAGACCAACACAUAUUUAGAUGAAUGCUUGCAAGAGAAGAAGCAAUUAGGAAGUAAUAAUUUUAAUAUCUGUCGAAGAUUAAUAGAUGACGAAAUUGAAAAAAUUUUGAUUAGCGGUCGCAUCCCAAAACCUGAGAUAUAUGCAAAUGUGUAUAGUGAGAAACCCAUACGAGUAGCUCAAAAAGUUUUAUUUCCAAUUAAGGAAUACCCGAAAUUUAAUUUUGUUGGUAAAAUUCUUGGACCUAAAGGAAAUACGUUGCGUCAAUUACAAGAAGAAACAUUAUGCAAAAUGACUGUAUUGGGUCGUAAUUCUAUGCGUGAUCAUGCUAAAGAAGAAGAGCUGCGUAGCUCAGGCAACCCAAAAUACGCCCAUUUAAAUAGGGAUUUACAUGUAGAAAUAUCCACAGUGGCUCCACCUUCGGAGGCUUAUCACCGUUUAGCUUACGCCUUAGCAGAGGUACGAAAAUUCAUGAUUCCAGAUUCUAACGAUGACAUACGCAUGGAGCAAAUGCGUGAACUCGAUGGCAAAGAACGGCUUUACAAAAAAUCACACUAUGCCAAGGCCUACGGCGACCACAGCACUACUUAUGCUAGCAGGAAAAGCAUUUACAGAACACCUCCCCCACCAAUGCCACCAUUUGAGAAAUCGACCAAACCUAAAGUUUAUUCCAUAUUAGAAAAGGCGCGUUAUGUUAUGGAAGACCCCAACUAUGGCUUGGUUAAGUCUCAUAGAUCUCGUGAUCACGACUUAUACGAUCAUCCCAGUGACUAUGACCGUUACGGCACUCCACCACCACCACCUUCAUCUAAACACUCGAGUGCUCAUCAUGCAGCUUAUGAAAAUAGCUCCUAUGAACGUGAUUAUCGGCGUGAAUAUCAUCCACACUCAUCAUCUUACGCUGCUGCUUAUGCAGCUAAAGCCAGCAAUGGUCGUUCUUCAUCGUCAACAUAUCGAACAUCAACUUCGGCUUCACAUUCGUCAUCGCACUAUGAAACUGGGUCACGUUCUCGAGACAGUGUAAGAUACCGUUCGGCUCCGUAUCCCAAAAUACGUUAAAAAAAAA